CAAGAGUCUCACUCAGCCUUUGAAAACUCGCAACCGACAAAGCAUACAACAAAGUCGUACAGACAACAUCACUUGUCAUCAAUAGCCUCGAGUUGCUUGUCGUCCACUUUGUUCAGUAAAAAAAAAAAAAAAGAAGAAAAAUGCCGGCCACAAUCUACUUCGUGCGCCAUGCCCAAGGCUACCACAACCUCCCCCAGGUGCCAGGAGGGCCAAACCCGUCUCUGCUGGCCGACCCAGACCUCACAGAACUGGGCAAAGAGCAGUGCGCAGAGCUGAGCGAGAAGUUCCCCUUCCACUACAAGAUCACCCACCUGGUGGCGUCGCCGUUGAGGCGCACGCUCUACACGUGCCUGCUCUCCUUUGGCCCGGUGCUGAAGCAGGGCAGGGUGCAAAAGGUGACUGCGCUACCGGAGCUGCAAGAGAUCGGGGCGAUUCCCAGCGACACGGGUAGUGACCCGGCGGUGCUGGCCAAGGAGUUCGGUAACGAAAAGGUCGACCUCGGCCUCGUCAAGGAUGACUGGACCAACAAGGGCCCAGGUUCACCGUUUGCGCCUGAACUGGAAAAACUUGAUGCUCGGGCCAGGGCGGCCAGGAUUUGGCUGCGGAAACUCGCAUCCGAGGUUGAGGGCGAUGAGGCGCACAUUGUCGUUGUCACUCAUGGAGCCAUUCUGCAUUUCUUGACUGAGGAUUGGGAUGGCACGUCGAUAAACAACAGCACCGGAUGGCAGAAUACUGAAUGGCGCUCGUACGAGUUCGCCGAUUCUUCCGGACAAGACUCGCAAGCAAGUCUUAAAGAAACAAAGGAAAGCCGGGAGAGGCGACGCGGAACCGCGAUUCCCCUGACAGAGACGGAGCAACGGGAACUCAAGGCUGUCUUGUGGCGUGGGGUGAAGGAGGAGUAGGUAGUUGAAUGACGCGGAGGGAUUCCGAAUAAGCAAAGUCCUUGGCAGCGAAGGAAAGGCGGCCGGGCUGACCGAGGGGUUCUAAAUUCGACGAUUGGGUCAGACUGACCUGGAAAGAGAGACAGACACAAGACUGACAAGACAUCAAGUAAAGAUAGAUCACCAGUAGAUCAUAGAAUAUAAAUACAGUGUGUCAAGUUCA